AGAGAGAGAGAGAGAGAGAGCGCUUUUCGAUCGUUGCUAUAUAUAGAAUUCUGGGAGAGGGGGAGAGAUGUGGGACAUCUGGUGCUUUCAUUCCUAGCUUGUUCGGGAUUUCCAGCCUCCUCGUUUCUCCCUCUCUCUUCAAGGAGACGAUUCGAGGCUGGUCCCGGGAUUUGAAAUCUACGGUUUGAAGCUGAAAUUUCUUUCGGGUUUAGGGAAUUGGGUUCGAUCAAGGAGAAGAGGGAAGAAACGAGGGAGAUCUUUCAAUCGUUUAUUGCGGUGAGGGAAAAUGGGGGUGAUGUCAAGGAAGGUCUUGCCCAUGUGUGGGAGCAUGUGCUUCUUUUGCCCUGCAUUGCGAGCCAGGUCAAGGCAGCCAGUGAAGCGGUACAAGAAGAUUCUUAGGGAUAUCUUCCCUCGAUCGCAGGAUGAAGAACCAAAUGAUCGUAAGAUUGGAAAACUAUGUGAAUAUGCUUCAAGAAAUCCUAUGCGCGUCCCAAAGAUUACAAACUAUCUCGAGCAAAGAUGUUACAAAGAGUUGAGAAUCGAGCGCUUCGGUUCUGCAAAAGUGGUCAUGUGUAUUUAUAGGAAAUUAUUGAUUUCGUGUAAGGAGCAAAUGCCACUAUUUGCAAGUAGCUUACUGAGCAUCAUUUACACUCUGCUGGAUCAAACACGGCAUGACGAAAUCCGCAUUAUUGGUUGCCAGACUCUUUUUGUCUUUGUAAAUAGUCAGAUGGAUGGUACUUACAUGUUCAACUUAGAAGGCUUGAUUCCCAAGCUCUGUCAGCUAGCCCAAGAAAUGGGAGAGGAUGAAAGGGCAUGCCAACUGCGUUCAGCAGGGCUACAGGCCCUUUCAUCAAUGGUCUGGUUCAUGGGUGAAUACUCCCAUGUCUCGACAGAAUUUGAUAGUAUUGUCUCAGUGGUCUUGGAAAAUUAUGGGAGUCCUCAAAAAAAUUCAGAGAAUCCUGACCAGGAAGGCCCCCAAAACCAUUGGGUACAAGAAGUGCUUAAAGUUGAAGGCCAAAUCUCUCUUUCUCCUGGUGUCAUCUCCAGGGUUCCUUCUUGGAAGAGCAUUGUGAAUGACAGAGGCGAAGUAAACCUGACAGCGGAAGAUGCCCAGAGUCCCUACUUUUGGUCUAGGGUUUGUGUGCAUAACAUGGCUAAGCUAGCCAAGGAGGCUACGACUGUACGACGUGUCUUGGAAUCUGUGUUCCGCUACUUCGAUAAUGAAAAUCUCUGGUCGCCUCAACAUGGGCUUGCCCUUGCUGUCUUGUUGGAUAUGCAGAUGUUAAUGGAAAAAACUGGUCAAAAUACACACUUGUUGCUCUCUAUGUUAGUAAAGCAUCUUGAGCACAAGAAUGUCAUUAAACGACCCGACAUGCAGCUUGACAUUGUUCAAGUUACCACCUCCCUUGCUCAGCAGUCAAAGAUUCAGACUUCUGUAGCAAUAAUUGGUGCAAUAUUUGAACUAAUAAAGCAUUUGCGAAAAUGCAUACAUUGCUCACUCGAUGAUGGGAACCUGGGGGAUGACAUAAUAAAAUGGAAUGCAAAGUAUCAAGCAGCAGUAGAUGAGUGCGUUGUGCAGUUAUCAAAUAAGGUUGGGGAUGCUGGGCCGAUUCUUGACAUUAUGGCUGUUGUGUUGGAGAAUAUCUCAACCUCUACCAUUGUGGCAAAAACAACAAUUUCUGCUGUUUAUCGUACUGCACAAAUAAUAGCAGCAAUCCCAAAUUUAUCAUAUCAUAACAAGGCAUUACCUGAAGCAUUGUUUCAUCAAUUACUCCUUGCGAUGGCCUACCCAGACCAUGAAGCACGGGUGGGGGCACACCGCAUCUUUUCUGUUGUUCUUGUGCCAUCUUCUGUUUGUCCUCGUCCUUGCCCAGCUAAUCCAGACUCAUCCAAGGCAUAUGAGCUUCAGAGGACACUGUCAAGAACUGUAUCUGUCUUCUCAUCUUCAGCUGCUCUUUUUGCAAAGCUAAGAAGGGGAAAAAGUUCCUUACGACAGAAUGUUACUCAAGAAAGUAUGGAAAAACUUGUUCUCACUGAUGGACCACAAACUGGCAACAGUGAUAUGAAGCUUCAUAAAUUGCAGUCAUCAACCAGUCGGCUUUAUAGCGUGAAAGCUUCUAUUUUACCAUCAACCACAGAUGAGCAAUCCACAAGCAAUUCAACUAAGGAACUGGACCCAAUUUCCAUUAGGUUGAGCAGUCGUCAGGUUACACUUCUGCUUUCAUCCCUAUGGGCUCAGGCAAUCUCCCCUGAAAAUACUCCAGAAAACUAUGAAGCGAUUGCCCACACCUACAGUCUGGUUUUGUUGUUUUCUCGAGCAAAGGCAUCAAGUCAUGAGGCCAUAAUUCGGAGUUUUCAGUUUGCAUUUUCUUUAAGGAACAUUGCUCUUAAUGAAGGAGGUCAGUUGCGGCCAUCACAUCGUCGAUCCCUCUUUACAUUGGCCACAUCUAUGAUUGUGUUCUCAUCGAAAGCAUACAAUGUUCUUCCUCUUAUCCCUUGUGUGAAGGAAUCACUUGCAGACAAGAUGGUUGAUCCAUUUCUUCAUUUGGUUGAAGAUGGAAGACUACAGGCUGCCGCAUUUGACGAUUGGAUGAAACUUCAUGGAUCAAAGGAAGAUGAUGCUGCUGCUUUGAAGUCCCUUUCAACUAUCACAAUAACAGAGAACCAAUCAAAUGAAGCCAUGGCAUCUAUGAUAGUGAACAGCUUGGGAAACUUAUCAGAUUCAGAGUCAUCCAAGAUAAGGCAGCAGCUGCUAGAUGAAUUUUUGCCUGAUGAUGUGUGUCCACUGGGAGUUCAACUGUUAGGUGAUACACAGGGACAAAUAUCUGACGAGACUGCACCAACUUUCUCAGUAGAAGAUGAUGUUUUCCAGGAAGCAAGUCAAGCAGACCCCCCAUCCCAAAUAUCCUUGAAUGCUCCUAAUCUUCUGAGCGUCAAUCAACUUCUGGAAUCAGUUUUGGAGACAGCACGGCAAGUUGGGAGACUUUCAGUUUCGACCUAUGAUGUACCAUACAAAGAAAUGGCCAGCCAUUGCGAGGCUCUUCUUGUUGGGAAACAGGAGAAAAUGUCUGUUUUCAUGAUCACCCAACAGAAACAGGGGAAUUUGCUGAGUGGUCCUCAACAAGAACAGAAUGGAGUGGAGAUGCCAUCACAUUUGCAUGUGGAUCAGGGUGUCCAACUGAUCAGUAACCCAUCCCUGGAUAGUUUUGAUCUGAACCUGCACAAGCCAGCCAACAUCAAUGCUUCGAUGUUGUGUGCAACUGAAUACCAGCAUCCAACCCAGUUCAGGCUACCAGCGUCAAGUCCGUUUGAUAACUUCUUGAAGGCAGCAGGAUGUUGACAUGGGAAAGCAUUGACAACCUGUCCUUUCAAGGCCAAAAUCUUGUAAAUUUCAUAUACCAAUGUUCAUGAUCUCCCACGACCUUUGUUUUUGUCAUUUACCAUUGCCGAAUGCAAGAAGGAAAGAAAAGAAAAGGAGAGAAAAAACAUGCUUGUGUUUGUGGCUGAGGCUGAGGACGUGUGGAAUUUCAGGUCUUAAUUCUUUCAUUCUUUGAUUUUGUAUUUGUUCAUCUUGGAAAGUUCCCAUAGUAAGAAAGGCCAUAUAUAAGUGCUUCCAAGAUAGUGGCCCUUUCUUCAUUGGAUGAACAAGAAAUCACAGAUGGUCCAAAAGUGGCCAAAGUUGACCUAAUGCAUUGGAUUUACAACUUUUAUUAUUUACCAUUUUUUCCCACCAUCUUAGUGGAAGUGUUUGUAAACUUUCAGCUGUGUCAUACAUGUAAUAUUGAAAAUUUGGGGAGAUGAGACCCUUCAAUAAAAUUUCAGUUAUAUUGGUUUUGUA